AUGAAAAUCAUUGUGCUGUUAACGGUUGUGUGCGCUGCAUUAGCCAUCCCGAUUGAUUACUAUACGACUGCUGAUGAUAACCUGGAUAUGAAGGCGGUGAUAAACGAUCCAGGGAAGCUCAAAGCCAUGACUGACUGCUUCUUGGAUAGAGGCUCAUGUGAUGUUGUUGCAAUGAGUUACAAAAAAAUAAUUCCUGAUAGCAUAGAGAACCUGUGCAACCGUUGUAACGACGCUCAGAAGCAUUUGGCCAACACAUACAUGAACGGUUUGCUCUCGAACGCUCCAGAUGACCACGACAGAUUCCUAAAGAAAUAUGACCCUGACUCAAAAUACACGACCAAAUUUAUGGAAGUUGUUAAAGACUUUUAA